AUGAUGUCUGCAAAUGACGACGUCAAGGGCAUGAUCGCCCAGGAGGAGCGCGAGUUGCGUCGAGUUUUCGACCAUCUCAGCUCCUACCGCCAGAAGAAGAGAUUGACACACACGAUAUACGACUGCAAAGAGCGACGCCAGCGGUUGGAGGCAAGCAAGAGCAGUCCGGAGGUGUCUGCGUUACUGAACGAGAAAGGAAUCAAAAUGACUCGUGAGGAGAUCGAGGACGAGCUUCGUAUAAUCAACCAGAGUCUAGAGAAAGCCGUAGUCAAUCGCUCUGUGGUGCAGAAUAGCAACGCCCACAGUCGUGUGAUCAAGAACGAAGACCUAUACGAGGCUAUCAAGGCUCUGGGCAAAGUAUGCUCGAAGAAGGAGGUCAGUGAUAUGAUCUGGGAGGCCGACGAGAAUCUGGACGGUGUAAUCGACUGGGAGGAACUGCGCGCCAUGUUCAAUCGCAACCUGCUGGACAAGACGGAGCUGGAGCCAGCCAAUCUCUUCAACGUCGUCCAGUUCAUGACGUACGACAAGAAAAACUGUGGAGUCAUCACUGCAGACGACACUAUGGCCAUCCUCUUUGCGCGCUACGGCCAGUCGCAGCUCGAGAUGCGCAUGAAGCAGCUCUUUGGUGACAGCGACGAACUCACCUUCGUGGAUUAUCUGGAGCGCGUAGGCAAACAGCGGCGCUCGAACGUUGAAGCGCGAGCGAAAGCGUAGAGAGCUCGCUCGGCAGACAAAAUAUACUACGUAGUAGCUCAUGCUGAUGUAAUACUAGUACAGUAGUACACUUUAGCUUAUCACUUCAA